UGGUGCGCAUCGCACCGCAUUCCCGGACUAUGGUCAUAUCCUGCUUGCGUGUCCGUCGCUGGUACUCGCUUCAUCCCUCAACGCAGCGCAAUUGAGCUCGGUUCCAUCCAAGCUUGCUAACGUCCAUACAAGACUCAGAUACAGUCAACAUGGUCCAGCGCGUCACAUACCGCCGUAGGUUGUCCUACAACACCAAGUCCAACAAGACCAGGGUCAUCAAGACUCCCGGUGGCAAGUUGGCUUUCCUUCACAUCACCAAGAAGGCGUCUGCGCCCAAGUGCGGUGACUGCGGCAACGUUCUCUCUGGGAUCCCCGCUCUCCGCCCCACCGAGUACGCCCGUCUGUCUCGCCGUCAGAAGAGCGUCACCCGCCCCUACGGAGGAAGCCGAUGUGGAACCUGCGUGCGCUCCCGGAUCGUCCGUGCUUUCCUCAUUGAGGAGCAGAAGAUCGUGAAGAGGGUGUUGAAGGCUCAACAGGUCGAGGCGAAGAAGGGCGGCAAGAAAUAAGCUGGACCAACGCAGCCUUGCCACACUAUUAGGGGCAACCAGACGAGCAGGAUCGAAAGAUGAUUUUGAGCGUGUUUUGGCUGGUGGCUCGUGUACAUUUCGAGGUCCGCCAACCUUGUUACCGAAUAGACCAAUAAACUGGCACUUUUUGUCUUCUUUGAUUCGAUGGGAUUUCCUUCAGUGGACCUAAUUGAAACCGUGG